GGCAAAAAUGGACGAUGUUUCACUGCCAACACCUGAAGGAGCCUUACCUGUGGUUACACCUGGGUGAAGACGCCGGCCGCAUGGCGUGUCUGUGUUCCGGACUGGCCAGGAGGGGGGACGGUCUGCCAGGUCUGCCCGACGCCCCGCCCCUGUCUACCGACCAGCUGAUCGCCAAGUGGCAGGCCGACAACAGCACCGAGCGGGACGAGGGUUACCAUAGUUACCGUGGCCCUACGUCAUCAACGUGUCACCAGGAGCCGCCUGGCCCUGCAGUUGCUACAAACUCCGCUAGGUGGGGCCACAAACGUGCCGAGAUCGGACGCAAGAGGCAUGCUAAGAGUAAGAAAGUAGCCGGUGAGAAACUACGGCAAUCCCGAUGGGCCAGUCAUGUACGGCAAACCGGUUGGGACAGUAAUGUACGGCAAGCCGGUUGGGACAGUAAUGUACGGCAAAACGGUUGGGACAACUCCGACUUUGACCAAAACUCUCCCGAGCUGGACGAACCGCCGUUCACGGUCUUCGACCGGCAGGCGGAGCGGCUGAUCCACAGCGCCACCAGGCGACGCCCAGCGAACGUGAUCAACACCUUCGCGUCGGGGCGUCCGGACCAACUGAACGUGGAACGGGGGGACGUGGUGAGGGUCCUGUACCGGUCGGACGACUGGGUGCGUGUGGCGAACGUCUGGCGCGACCGUGGCUUCAUUCCGUACAGCUACGUCUGGCCGCUCGGCCGAAGGCUCCCGCGGAAACCAGACCGGCAAAGACCGUACUCUCCACCGCCUCGGGCCGGCCAUCCCGGCGGGGACAGGUGGACAUACCCCCGAGGAGAACGCGAGCAGGACCCGCCGGAUUCCCCGGACCUCUCCGACGACGACUCGCUACAGUCGGUUGACGACGCGGGAAGCGGCUUCUUCGCGCGGCUUCGCCACGGCCCGGCUCUCACCGUGCUGUUCGACUUUCGCGCCAUUGACGAGGAUGACGUCACGGCGUUGCGAGGGGAGACGGUGACGUUGCUGAACGAGGAGGACGCUGAUUGGGUGUGGGUCAGGAACAGGGCGGGGCGAGAGGGGUUCAUUCCCAGGGGUUACGCCGUGCAGACGUGCGAAGCCUGCAGGACCGUCCUAAGGAAAAACUUACAGAAGUGGGAACGAGAGGCAACCAGAAGACACUGGGAACAAGCACACAACGGCCCUCCCAACGAAAACGCACCACCACAGACUUCUUGUCGACAGUUAGCUGACGAUUUCCUACCUCCACAAGACUGUAACUUUGUAGUUGAGGAACAGAAUAUCAUGAGCCUUUCACAAAAAGUUGCUUUAGACACAUGGCAGGGGAAUAGGAAAGGGGGACAGGGCCCUGUACAGGGUGUGUGUAGGCCAGAAGGAUUGCAAAAAGUUCCUCACAAGGAACAAAGAACAGCGUUUCACACAGGAAACAGUGGAAACAUAGCAGAGCAAUCAAUCUGCACGUGUGCAACAAGGAGGGACAGGGUGGGGCCGAGGUGGCAAGCAGAGCAGAAGGAACAAUCUGAAGAGUGGCCACAAACGUCUUAUGAGGAACCUAAAGACUACAGAGGAAAUUCUCAAGAAGUUAUAAGAAACUCACUGAGGAGAAUAACAAUAAGUGACUACAAGAGAAGUCUUGGGAAGGAAAAGAAGGAACAGUGUGUGAUAGGACUGCCAUUAAGAAAGCAUACUGUAGCAGCCAAGAAACAGAAGGUCUGCUCUUCUGAAAAAGACUCAUUGAAGGAGCAAGAUGUGAAAACAUCCUUAAAGGAGCAAGAAGCAGGACCAGAUUGCAAGGACUCGCCUUGGUGGAACCUGGAGAUGUCUCAAGACUGUACCAUGAUACUCAGGGAAAAUGCUGCAAGGGGCCAACCCAGGGAACAAGAAGACAGCGAAACAUGGGAACAAGAUCAGGAUCCAGCCUGGGAACAAGAAGACAGCAAAACAUGGGCACAAGACCAGAGCCAAAGAGCCAAACCUGGGAACAAGAUCAGAGCCAAACCUGGGUACAAGACCUGGGCCAAAAGUUGGAACAAGAAGACAGCGAAAUAUGGGUACAAGACCAUGGCCAAACUGGGAAACAAGACCAGGGACAGACCUGGGAAGGAGUUGAAUGUCAAACCUGGGAACGAAACCAGAGCCAAACCUGGGAACAAGAACAGGGUCAAACCUUUGAACAGAAUCAGGGCCAAACCUGGGAACAGAAUCAGGGCCAAAGCUGGGAACAAGAUCGGGGUCAAAACUGGGAACAAGAACAGAGCCAAACCUGGAAACAAGCAGCUACCUCCACCUCAACAGAAAGAGUGA